CCCCAGCAAUGUCGCCCUGAGAGAGCGGGCGUACAGCUGUCUCGUAUUUACUGUGUGAAUGGCGUCGGUUGUUGUGGUAUUAAUGCGGAUGUGUGACAGAUGUCGCACUUUCGGGUACUUUUAGGAACAGAUCAUAAAUUACGAUGUCUUGUAAGUGUUCGGAAAGCGUAAAGAUGUUUUACCGAUGUUAUGGACAGUGUUUCCACUAGUGAAGGCAAGUGCCGAGACAUGAAAUGACAACUUGGGAGUGUUCGGAGACACAGCUAUGAAUCUCAGCGGGGCCGUGCUCUUCUGUCUUUUCCUGGCAGCGAAUUCGGACGAGGAAACUUCAGGAGUGCCGAGCCAGCCGAGGAACGUGACUGUCCUCCGAGUCUCUUCUAACUCUCUCAAGCUGAGCUGGCUGCAGCCCGAGAAGCCCAACGGCCUGAUCACGGGCUACCGUGUUUACUACAUGCACGCCAACUACACCGAAGUGCAGUCCAUGCGCAACGUCAGCUCCAACAAGAAGGUCGAGUUCGAGCUCACCAACCUCAAGCCGUUCACAGAUUACAAGAUAUGGCUGAAAGCGUUUACUGGGAAAUACGAAGGAGAACCAUCUGCAGCAAUAUACCACAAAACAGAUGUGAAAGGGCCAAGUGCUCCUCAAAUUUUGAAUGUAACCUGCCAUUCACAUGACACAAUAUACCUACAGUGGGAAAGGCCUACAGAAUUCUACAACACCAUUGACUAUUAUUAUAUUUUGUACCGUGACGAGUUCUCAAGUGACUACAAAGAAAUAAUGACGCAGACAUCAAAGGAGCAUCUAGAAACUAUGAUGUUCCUACCCAAUUUAACAACGAAUACUGUUUACGAAAUAAAAAUCAAAGGAGCAUCACAUAGCAUCUUCAACAAGGAUCAGAUUCUGGGAGGGGAAGAGUCUGUAUUGAAAAAAGUGGAAAUACGACCUAAUUGUGACAAAGAGCAGACAUUCCUAGAGGAAACAGAAGAAGAAUUGAGUCCUGGUGUUAUUGCUGGCCUAGUGUGUGUGGGAUGCUCUCUUGUAUUUACUGCAGUUGGUUUCUUAAUUUGGAGAAAAUGUUUCCAUGUCAAUUAUUAUUAUCUUGAUGAUCCUCCUCGAAUAAAUGCUCCCACACUCGUGGACUGGGAUUCCCAGACAGAGCAGAAAACUGCCGUGCCCAUUGAAUUAUUUGCCAAACAUGUUAUAAGUCUGCAUGCUGAUGGUGACAUCGGGUUCAGCAAAGAGUAUGAAGCUAUACAGGCAUCGUCAACCCAGGAAGAAUAUACAUCAGAACAUUCUCUUCAUCCUGACAACAAGCAAAAGAACAGAUAUCUCAACAUAUUGGCAUAUGAUCACAGCCGAGUACAACUGCUUCCCGUACCAGGCCAGAAGAAAUCGGUUGACUAUGUAAAUGCGAAUUACAUUGAUGGAUUUCAGCAGUCCCGAGCAUACAUUGGCACCCAAGGCCCAUUGCCUUCUACUUUUGAUUGUUUUUGGCGUAUGGUGUGGGAACAGAGAGUUGUAAUUAUUGUGAUGAUCACCAAUCUUGUGGAGAGAGGACGGGAAACUCUAAAAAGACAGCCUAAGCUUGCAUCUCAGUGUCUCGAGAGAAAAUGUGACAUGUACUGGCCAAAAGAGGGAACAGAAACCUAUGGUGUAAUACAAGUGAAGCUAGUCAAAGAAGAUGUAAUGGCAACGUACACAAUUCGGACACUGCAAAUUCGCCAUUUGCGACUAAAGAAGAAGAAGCACAGCCUGUGUGAGAGGCUUGUGUAUCAGUAUCACUACACAAACUGGCCUGAUCAUGGUACACCAGAUCACCCUCUACCUGUGCUUAGCUUUGUUAAAAAAUCAUCAGCUGCCAAUCCACCAGAGGCUGGCCCUAUCAUAGUUCAUUGCAGUGCUGGAGUUGGUAGAACUGGUACAUACAUAGUUCUCGAUGCCAUGCUGAAACAGAUACAAGCAAAGGGAGAAGUUAACAUAUUCGGCUUUUUACGUCAUAUCCGUACUCAGAGGAACUUCUUGGUUCAGACAGAAGAACAAUAUAUAUUUAUUCAUGAUGCUCUUCUUGAAGCUAUUGAAAGUGGAGAGACUAACAUCAGUCAGACUUCUCUGCCUCAGUAUGUACAACAACUUCAAUUCUGUGAUACUGAAGACGAGCAGAAACCGGAUCAAAUAGAGAUGUUGGAGUUACAGUUUCGGCUUAUCACAUCCUUUCAACCCAAAGAUUUCAACUUAGUUUCUGCAAAUAAACCAUGCAACCAUUUUAAAAACAGAAGCUGUAUUUUACCAAUUGAAAGUUCAAGAGUACACCUGACACCAAAACCAGGCGUCGAUGGCAGUGAUUACGUUAAUGCUACAUGGAUUCAGGGUUUUCAUAAACUGCAUGAAUUUAUCAUUACUCAGCAUCCAAUGCCACAUACAGUUCACGACUUCUGGCAGAUGGUUUGGGAUCACAAUGCACAAACUAUUGUAAUGUUGUCUUAUAUAGAUGGACAGGACUUUGGAAUUUUCUGGCCUAUAGAAAAUGAAGAAAUUGAUUGUGAAAAUUUCAAAGUGAAGUAUGUGGACACUGCAGAAAAUGAGACCUGUAUGACAAUGAAUGUUGUACUACAGUCACUCCAAGAUGACUAUGAACUUACAACACGAAUUAUUCAGUGUCCAAAUUGGCCUCAUAACUGCAGUCCAGUCAGUACAGUUUUUCAACUUAUCAUGCUGGUACAGGAACUGCAUUUGCGAUUUCAGAAUGGACCUGUUGUUAUUGUAGACAGGUAUGGAGGAACAGAGGCUGCUACCUUCUGUUGCUUGAUGACUAUGUUCAAACAACUCAAAUUUGAAAGCUCUGCAGAUCUUUAUAUGUAUGCAAAAUUGUAUCAUAACAAACGUCCUGGAAUUUGGAGAAGCAAGGAUGAUUACUUCAUGAUGUACAAGGCAUUAGCUUGUCUAGUGAGCAAUGCUGUCCAUCAUCCAGUACCUAUGUCUGCUUCUGCACCUCCUGACUUGUAUCUCACUGCAAAUGGCCAUGUGAAUGGUUUUGCUGGAACUACUAAUGGUUGUUCACAAGCUCCUUCACGAGGAACUGGGGAUGGUGAAGAACAACCUGUGUAGACUGGAGGUAUAAGGCAAGCUCUGUUUUAUAGAAUUCUGUUUCUGUGAAGUAUAUGUACAUACUCUUUUCUGAAGGAAGAUCAGCAGUAAACCACCAAAGAUGUUACAGAAUACAUAACACUAUGUAUGUGGUGUCUGUUCUUUUGGACAUGUCCAGAAGAACAGACACCAUUUUGAUUCUGCAGCCACUAUGAAUCAAGACACAAAGGAAUUAAAGGCAAUAACUGCCAGUGGGCAUUGAUUUAUAUCAAUAGCGCAAGUUGAAAAUUUCUUCGCUCUCAGAUCUCCUGUGUACUACACAAGAUUUGGUGACCUCUGUGUCUGGAUAGCAUGGAGUACCAUAGCAUGCCUCCCAUCAGACCCAAAUUAUCAACUUAAACCGCACACUACUAAUGUAAUACCUGUGCUCAUUAGCCUCAUUACUUGUGGCAUCUCGCCAAUUUCCAUAAGAGUUCAAGCAUGGUGUGCAUCUGCACUGAAGGGACCAUUGCCAUAGUUGCAUAUCUGAAAGAACAGGCAUCAUGUUGAUACUGUGUAAUUACGGUGAUGAUGGCCAAAGAUGCCUUCAGUGCAGAUCCACAUGAAUCUCAAACACUUAGGAGAAAUGGCAUGAGGCUGCAGGUAAUGACACUAAUGACCCGGGGCACUACAUCAGUCAUGCGCGGUAUGGGUUGAGAAUUUGGGGCUGGAGUACUAGAGUGGUCCAUGUGAUUGUGGUGACCACUGCAUUGGGAUAGCGUAGUGGUCAGCACAUCUACCUAGUAAGUAGGAGACCCAGGUUUGAAUCCUGGUCCGGCACAAAUUUCCAUCUUGUCCCAAUUGAAAUAAAUCAGUGCCCACUGGCAGCUGAUGUCUUCAAUUCCUUUGUGUCUUGACACAUAAUACUGUUGCAGAAAUUUAGCCAUAAUUGCUUGUAUGUUUAUGAAAAUGAUGAUGGUAUAUUACUAGUUGUCUGUCUCUGUAUCUAAAAUUAGUGUUAUAUUUGUCAAUAAAUGUAUUUGUGUAUCCCUUCUUUUGUUUCAACAUGUUGUUGAUGUUUCAUGUACCUUUAAGCAGAAGGCUGUUGUUAGUUUCCAAGAUGUAAUAGCAUGACAAAACAUGAAAAGAAAUGUGUGUAGUAGUCAUUUGUCCCAUUAGUCCAUAUUUGUGUUAUCGAAAUUAAGUGUUACAAAAUGUGAAACUUAGCUGUGUGUCAAUCUGAAUUUUAUUAGUCAUUUGCUGCAGUUAAAGUCAAAUGCAGUAGUUCUAGUCCCAGAUAUUUGGUGUGACACUGAUUUACGGAGGGUGCAGGCAAAUUGGCAUAUAUAUCAUUGUGUGUUGGCUGUAAGCUUCAAAGCUACCAUGGAUUGGUGGUAGAUGUGAGGCUGCAAGCUUAUGUGAAGAAUGAUCUCACCUGUCUUAUAAAUUAACAGCAGAUGAUGUUAUAUGUAUUAUUUUAGUAUUAAAAUGAAUGUUGUAUGUAGCUGUUGAACAUAAAAGAAUAUGUGUGAUAUGUGUUAACUAUGUUUCACAUUGUAAAUUCAGAAUUGUGUGUUUCUUUCUCUGUGAUGUUCAAUAACUAUGAAAGAUGUAAGACAAGAUGCAAUUUUAUCUCUGAACUGAAAAUGUUUGAAUGAAAUAAAGUGAUAUUUAUGUUAGACUGUUACAAAUGAAGAUUAAAUUAAUGUUUUGUCAAAACUUGGUACUAUACUGUGAAAGAAAAAAAAUCAAUCCUGCCUAUUUUAUUGCUCUACUUUUUAAGCAGCUAAAAAUGAAACUUUGCUCAUGAUAGACUUCAUAAUUAGCUUCAUGAUCAGUCAAAUGUCAUCAAGCUUUCAAAAUGAUGUUUAUCACGUGAAAAGUAAGUCCAGCAGAAAUUUCAUUUUUAAAUAAUUUUUGAGACAUUAGUUUUAAGUGUUUUAUACUGUAUAUAUUAUAGCUUUUUAUGAUUGUUCCAUGAGAAACAUGUACCACACAUUAUUGUUGAUACCGUACCCUUCCUUUACUGUUCCUAGUAUUACAUUAUGUAGUUCAUCCAAUAAACUGGUCCUGUUACUGUGCGCAUGACAAAAACAUGACAAAAAACUACAUAAAAAUGAACUGAAUGUUUCUGUGUUGUAAUAAAAGCUUUAUUUGUCGAAUAUAGUUGUUAUCAAAAGAAUA